AAAAAAAAAAAUGUCUCAAAAAAAUAUUAUUAUUUAUUUUUUAGUUAUCUUUGUUUUCGCAGUUAUAAAUUAUGGUAAUGCAAUAGAUGUCAAAGUUGAAGAUGGUGAUCAUCCGUUUGACCCCAUGUUCGUUGAUGUACAUUAUGAUGAGCCUGUAGUAUUUAUAAGAAUAGGCACUAAGACGUUUGAACUCGAUGAAUAUGAUGAUGAUUGUACAAAAUCCGAAAGACCUGAUUCUUUUCAUGCAGUAUUAACGGAUGAACAACCGAAAGCUACAUUUAUACCUAAAAAUACUACCGGAAGAACUGAAUUUCACAUACGCACUAAUGGACCCGGUUGUGAGUUGCAGGAUCAAAUUGUUAUUUCUACAAGUGAAGACCUGCAAGAACCUAAGACAAAUCAAAAAUAUAAUGUUAAUUACGAUGAUUACGAAGAUAAUAGCAAUAAUAACAACAACAAUAAUAACAACAAUAAUAACAAUAAUAAUAACAAUAAUAACAACAAUAAUAACAACAAUAAUAACAACAAUAACAACAAUAAUAACAACAAUAAUAACAACAAUAAUAACAACGGUAAUAACAUCAACAACAAUAAUAAAGACAACAGCGAUAAUGUUAACGGCAACAGCGGCAAUGGCAACGGUAACAGCGGUAAUGGCAACGGUAACAGUGGGAAUGGCAACGGUAGUGGCAACGGUAGUAACAACAGUUGCACGGGUAUUUGCGUUGGUAAAACCAGUGACGCCGGCGAUAAUGUUCAUUGUAGCGCAAUAGUUUUUGCUAUUAUAGGUGUAGUGUUAGCUCAUUUCAUACUCUGAAUCAUUUUAGAUGGAAUACUAGCUUAGAAAAAAUUCCGUUGUAAAUUGAUCUACAAUUAUCCCCUAUUUGACAAACACAAACAAUAAACAACCAAGUUUU